GAAGAAGGGGGACGCCGGGAAGAAGGCUCCCCUGGUGGUGGUGGUGGACGAGCAUUCCGCCUCCGAGCCCAGUGCUCCAACUGCUCCUUGCCCGCCCUCGGGUAAAGGUGGUGAGGCAAGCUUGCCUCGGGAGGACAUACAGUUCUCCCUGCCGAAGGGGGCAGCCAUUACGCAUGGCACAGUAGACCCCCGGGAAUUUUUGGGUGGGGCUACGCCCGCUCUGGAUAGGCGGGCCCUCGGGAAGCUCGACGAUGAAGCCCUCGAGUCCAAAAUCCUCCGGUCCUCCCUUACCGCCUGCAUAGCCCUCGACGAACACGCCAGGAGGUUCGACGAGUGGCGCCUCCAGAAGGCGCAACAGGAGGAGUCCCUCAAGAAACUCGUUCAUGACAAUGCCGAGGCCGUGAGGCAGAUGGCUCAGCUGGAGAGGGACCUCCAGCAGGCGAGGGCGGAAGCAGAAAAGGCGACCAAGGAAAAGGUGGAGGUGGAGAAGGCGGCUGCCGAGGCUGCAAAGAAGGCCCUUGAAGACGCCGAGGCCGCAAAAGCAGAGGCCGCCGCCGGCGCAGUCGCUGCCUUCAUGACCGAGGGCUGGAAGGCCGAAGGCCAUAAAGACUGGGUGGCCUCGGUCAUGGAGAGUUCUGCUGACGGGUGGGUGAAGGGCCCCGGGGCGAUGUGGCUAGCCCGAAAGGGUGAAGAUUACUAUGCCGGGGGGGGGGGGGGAGUUCUUCACCCAGGCCUUGAUCUACAGGAGGCUCGCACGGCACCUGAAAAUAGAGCCAACGGCCUUCGACCCGGCGGCAUACGGUACCCCCCCCUCCAGCCUGAUAUCAGAGUCCCCCUUCCCGAGGGCGUCGAGAGGCCAGAACUGGAGGAUUCCGAACUCUUGAAAGAGGCCGAGGGUGAUGAGGCAGAGGCUGAUACGGAGGUCAUCUCAAAGCCAGCGGAAGAGGCUGCCCCCGGAGCUGACAAUAUAUGAUCUGUAUUUCGUAGUGUUUUGAACAUCUCUUUCUUUUUUUUAUGUAAUGGAC